GAGAGAGAGAGGGGAAAAUAAAGAACAGGGGGGUUGACAGAGUUGGGCGCAUGUUGAGCUGUUAAGAUAUUACAGCUCCCUACAAAUAAGCAGUUUUUGAAAAAGUGGAUCAGCCCUGAACCUGCCACACUCUUCUCCUGGAGAGAGUGUAAGCGAGAGCGAGAGGAAGAGAGAGAGAGCGAGAGAAAGAGCGAGAGAGAGAAAUAAGGAGAAUAGACCUGGGCAGUUGCAGAGGCGAGAGGCGAGAGAAAAAGAAGCCUCUGUGUUAAGAGUAGAUCGGAGAAGGACUUCUUGCUGAUCGUCAUUUUAAUCAGGGAGCGGGGUUGCCUGUCUUCUUAUCAUGGCCCCUCCUUAUCUGUGGAUGGGGCUGAUGGUGGUUGCCGUAGCAACAGGGGCCCAUUCAGCCAGUGAAGAGAAUGAGCUGGAUUACGGGUUCUGGAACUACAGAGAGGGCGCCGACAGUGUGAACGUUGCCACGGUGCGCAGUGUGACCAGAGUUUUAGACGCCUGGGGAAAACGCAUCUUUAAUGAGAUCAAGACUUUACUGCACUCUCAGCCCAGCACGCUGCUGCCCGACUACUCCAGGGUGCGCCCUCUCUCCGAGUCCCUCAACGACCUGUUCAGAGAAGUGUCUCUCCUGCGCAGGCGCAUCACAGAGCUCUCCCAUCGCCUAGCAACCUUGGAACCCUUCCUCCGUCAUCAUGGCUACCUGGAGGAGGCGAAGGAGGGAGAGCAUGAGGAGGCGGAUGGGGUAGGGGCGGGAGGCGGACGGGCUCUGGCUCCUCAGACUCUAAGAGGGGAGGUGGAGAGUCUGUCCCGGUACAGCCCGCCCAGGAGGAGCCGGGUGGUGAGGAGGAGACGGGUGAGAGUGGUGAAGCCCGGGGGAGUGAAGGUGGUGCAGAGGGAGAGACAGACGCACUGAGGGAGAAAGAGGAGCGUGGGAAAGUUACCAUAUAAUCCAUGUUUAUGUAAGAAAUGACUUUUUUAAACUAAAAUAACGAUAUGAUAAAUAGACCCUGAUGGUACUGUGAGAUUAUUAUAGUUUGUAUUGAUCAACAGAAAUCUAACACAUAACUAGGACAAUCUUUAAAAAUACAUUUUUAAUAAACUUUCACUAUUAUCAACA